AUGGACGCCCUGGAGCAAAAGCAAGAGGAGGUGAACGCGGCGGGCGCGCAGGUGCGCGCGCUCAAGGCGCAAAACGCCGACGCGGAUGCGAUCGCAGCCGCCAUCGCCGAGCUGAAGCGACUGAAAGUCGAUCUGGAGAAGGACCUGAACGCGCUCAAGGAGGCGGGGAACGCCGAGGCGAAAGCGAAGGAAGAGUUCCGCGCGAAACUCGGGCAGUUGCUCGAGGGCCGGCUGUUUUAUAUUCCGUCGUUUAAGAUUUACGGCGGCGUGGCGGGGUUGUACGACUACGGGCCGCCGGGGUGCGCGGUGAAAUCGAACGUGCAGCAGUUUUGGAGGCAACAUUUCGUGCUCGAGGAGAGCAUGUUGGAGGUGGAGUGCCCGGCGGUGACGCCGGAACCAGUGCUGAGGGCUUCGGGGCACGUCGAAAAGUUCACUGAUCUCAUGGUGAACGAUGUCGUGACAAAAGAUUGCUUCCGCGCCGAUCACUUGCUCGAAGAAGUGGUGGAGGAGCUGUUGCGUGACCCGAUGUUGAAGGCCGACCGCAGACGCGAGUUGGAAGAUUUGCAAGCGUGCAUCGACGAGCUCAACGUUGAACAAAUGUCUGCGGCGCUCAAGGACACCAACACCAAGGCACCGGUCACAGGCAACGAUUUGAGCGAGCCGUAUCCGUUUAACUUGAUGUUCCCGACGCAAAUUGGUCCGUCCGGGGCGGUAAAGGGUUUCUUGCGCCCCGAAACCGCGCAGGGCAUCUUUGUCAACUUUAGAGAUUUGCUCUACUACAACGGUGGCAAGCUCCCGUUUGCCGCGGCGCAGAUUGGUCAAAGCUUCCGUAAUGAGAUCGCACCGCGCGCUGGAUUGUUGCGCGUGCGUGAGUUUACGCAAGCGGAAAUCGAGCACUUUGUGCAUCCGGAGCACAAGGAGCACCCACGAUUUGCCGAAGUUGCGGACACCGUUCUCAGUCUCUUUAGCCAGGACGCACAGCUGGGUGAGGUGAAGAAGCCGUUCCCGAUGACUGUGGGCGAGGCCGUGAGCAAGGGCAUCAUCGCGAACGAAACUUUGGGUUAUUUCAUUGCUCGAUGCCACUUGUUCCUUGUUCAAAUUGGCAUCGACACCAAUCGUCUUCGCUUCCGUCAACACCUGAAGCACGAGAUGGCGCACUACGCCGCCGAUUGCUGGGACGCUGAAAUUCAGUGUUCGUACGGUUGGAUUGAGUGCGUCGGGCUCGCCGAUCGUUCGGCGUUCGAUCUCAAGGCGCACUCGGACAAGUCUAAGGUGGAUUUGGUGGCGUACGAACGCUUCGACAAGCCGAUCGAAGAGACGGUCGUGGAGAUCACGCCGAACAAAAAGGUGCUCGGCAAGGCUUUCAAGAAAGACGCGAAGCCCGUCACGGAUGCGCUCCUUGCGUUGAGUGAAGCUGAUGCUUUUGCUUUGCAAGACGCGUGCGCGGCGAAUGGUUCGGCUCCGCUUCAAACAGAGAACGGUGAGCAACAGAUCGCGGCUGACAUGUUCACCGUGGAAAAAGUCACGAAGACGGUGAACGGGCGCAACUACACUCCGUCCGUCAUCGAGCCAUCCUUCGGUAUCGGCCGCAUCAUGUACUGCAUGUUCGAGCACGCCUUUUACAUUCGUCCGGAUGACGAACAGAAAACCGUGCUCCGCCUCACCCCGGUCGUCGCGCCGAUCAAGACCACCAUCUUCCCGCUCGUGAACGAUGACAAAUUGAACGCCAUUGCAGCCGAAAUGAACAAGAUGUUGACCACGAACGGUAUCAGCGCCAAGCUCGACGCCACCGCGAUUUCCGUCGGCAAGCGAUACGCGCGCACCGACGAGCUCGGCGUCCCGUUCGCCGUCACCGUCGAUCACAGAUCCGUCACCGAGAACACCGUCACCGUUCGCGAGCGCGAUUCGUGCGGUCAAGUUCGCGUGCCGAUUCCCGAAGUUCCUGGCCUUCUCGGUCGGUUGUGCAAGAUGACCGUCGACUGGGAAACCGCCACAGCGGGCUUCGAAAAGCAAGCCACCGCGGCGGACGAGUAA